AUGUUCUUGAACACAACAUCCCCCCGGAGGUCGUUCAGCAUCCCUAUUAACAUCAACCUGCAGGGUGCUCGCAGGAGGCAAACACGGUAAGAGAAGACCAUCGACUGAGCCAGAGAGCUUUGAACACACAAACUGAGUUCAUUAUAAAGGAAAAAAAACACAGCUUGACUUUAACAAAGCUUCAAGUUGAGUGGUUAUACACACUGUAUGCUUCUGCCAGGAUUGAGAGGUAAAAAAAACUAAAUUAAAAGUCUGACGAUUAAGUAUGAUGAGCUGGAGUGAGUAAAAACAAUUAAUUCAGGAUUAAAGGAGCACUUUGCUGGUCUUUUGUACCAAAAGCUGUGAACAAUAAUUCCUGCUGUACUUUUAAAUAUGUCAUCCUUUUGUGUCACCAAGGCCCUCACACCAGGCUUCAAAUCUUUGUGGUGAGUCAGUCAGUUCAGACUUAAAAACAGGGACUGUGAUUCUGCACAGACAUUAAUGCCUACUGUAAAUGGAGAUAGUUGACUAGUAGGACUAUGUUGGAGUGCUGCAGGGUGGUACAUAAGAAGCUAGUUAAAAUUGUCUGACGUGUAAUAUUCGCAUUAUAAUUAUACAAUAGAAAAACAGGGGGAAAACGUAGUUUCACAACUUCCGAUCAUAGACUGUAUAUACUAUGGACAACUUGGUUCCGCCUUCAGCCAGUAUAUGGAUUUAAAGCCGAAAAGUUUUUGGUAAUUCCACAUUUUUUCUCCAUUCCCUAAAACCAACAUUGCGCAGUAGCAUUGUACGCAUUCGGCGGGAGAGUUGCAGAGAGACGCUGUGAUGACGCUUUGCUCAAACAGCGUAUCCCCCGGGUGAGCUACGCAAUCUUUGAACGCCCAUAGGCUGUAUCAAGUGUCAAACAUAGGAAAUAUGAACUCCCUAAUAGUUUUAAAAAUGGAGCUGUACAGAAAAAAGAGGACUUGAGCACAAACCAGUCUAACAAUAACGGCAAGCUAACAUCGCAAGCAGGGGGGAAGAAAAAAAUUAUAUUCUGUGUAAUAAAUUUCUAAAGUUUGUCCACAACUCCAAAGGGAUUGCUGGAGGAGGCGGGAUUUAUGACCUAUACUGCAGCCCGUCACCAGAGGGUGCUGUUCUCGGAGUGGCUUCACCAAGCGAGGAGGCAGACUCUGUCCAUUCUAUAUACUGUCUAUGCCUCCGAUUCAGUCAAUAAUUGUCUUUCAAUGCUGACUACUGUAUUACAACAGAUGCAAUAACAAGGUAACAGGCUACCUGGAUUGCAGGACAGGACCUUACUUCAAUUUUCCUGAUCAGAGGUGGUUGGGGCCCAAAACCUCCUCAGGCUGCUUUCACACUUGGGCUGUCAAAAGCAACUUUAAAUUCCCUCACCACUGUUUUAUAUCUCAAAAAUCUGAACUUAACUUAAUAUUUUUAAAGUUGUUCAGCAUAUUCUGUAUUUUAGCAACAAAGUAAAAUUGAGUAGUAUUAAGUAUUCAACAAAUCAAAUUCAUUUUUGAGACAUCAUUCUGUUAUUUCUUUUUGUGCGAGACAAAAAAAAUUACUUUGCAUCACUGUUGGAUAAAAUCAUUAGAUUCUUAGUGUCUAUGCAGGUGUUCAUUUAGUGUGUGUGUGUGUGUGUGUGUGUACGAGAGGCAUAGGGAGCUCCUCCACACAGCCUCGGCUCAGCAGCAGGAGAGCAGCAGGGGGGUGGAUGGGCGUGGGGGCCAGCGAGUUCGGUCCCAGAUGCCUGUGUCGAGUGUUGGGGAGGACCGAGCCGUCCUGCUGGGCUUCACCAUGAUGGCCUUCUCUGUACUCAUGUUCUUUGUGGUGGGCAUCACCAUGGUCAAACCUUAUGUUAACAGGUACAAUGGUGUGUAGAACUGAUAAGAGAUGCCAGAAAACUACAGUAUUGGGUAUUUUAUUCUCUAUGGAUAUCCAAUUCCUCUCUUAGCUCGAUAGUUUAGUCCAGAUCAAGGACAUUCUGAUUCUGAUUCUUUAGCUCCUGUUUUUCAGUGACUGGGAGGAGGCCAGCUGUGUCAUGCUGCACUCGGAAGUCCUGGAGGAGUGGGUGGACUGCAGAGGUGUGAGCUCUGUGCCCUGCCUCAGGGUGAAGGUUAACCUGACAGGCUCCAAUCAGACGGCCACUCUGCACUUUGAUGAGGAACCCAUCCCGCUUGCUCCUGAGGUAGGGAUUUAUGGCGGUAAAGUCCAGGUUUUGGGUCUUACCUGGAGGCUUUAAGAGCCUUAGGUACGGAUCUGUUUCACACCAGGUGCUGUUUGUAGACUGUUGGGAAGGAGAACUCCAGGAUAGUGGCCUGAGGAGGAGAUUUGAGUAUUAGAGGUUUAUGUCUGAGUACUACAGCUGAUGUGAAGGACCACUCUGUCAUCUUCAUGUUAGCUAUGUGGGCUGGAACCUGAGAGAGUACCUGGGAGGGCAGGAAAGGAAAAACUGAACAGGACGAGCUGGCAGGAUGGAAAACAGGCAGCUUCUUGCACCCUUGUGAAAAUGCAAGGAGACAUUAUCAUGGGAUGCUCUCAUGCUGCAUCAACACUCUAUUCAGAGGAAUAGUAUGACACAUUUUUCAUCACCCGUCAGUGGCCUGUCCAAAUAUCUCUCUCUCUCUCUCUCUGGUUUGGCCUAACUGUAUACCUCCUAUAUGCAGGGGCUUUUAGCUAUGUGAGCGUUAAUAUGCUUCUGAAAAAAUACCAUGUCUGUUUACAUCUUCUUUCAAGCUCCUGUUUGGGGCAUAAAUUAAAUAAAAUAAUGACGCCUCUGUGUGGCCGACAAAAUUUAAAAAAAGGGUUAAAGCUUGACCAAUGGCCCCAACAGGUUUUCUGCCAUUCUCCUGCUUGAAGGAUGAAAAUUUUUCUGUUCCCCGCCACUUAAAGAAAUGACAAAAAGUAACUUAUUACCGUACAUUUUGUGUGAAAUUUAUCACUAAAUUGCUUCAUCAAUAUGUGUGCAAUUUGAAAAUUAAAUUUGGCGUCACAACUCCAUAACUUUCCUUCAUAACCAGGAGCUACUCCAUCCCACAGUGAAGUCCAGACCUAAUUUUUUAUAAACUUAAGUAAUCUCUGAACAUUCAUAUCUUAAAAUAAGGAGAGUAAGGGUCACUAUGCUGAGCAUGGGCUGCCAUCUUUGUUGCUGUCCGUUGACCAGUCAGGCUGUAAUCAGCUGGACUGUAAUGGUCCAAUCAGAAGCCAGGCUUUAUGGUCUCAAAAGAACAGUGAUGGUAAUAAAACUCAAUAUUAAAUGUAAUUAAGAGAUAUGAUAAAGAAUUGAAGCUACAGGCUGAAUCAAUAAUAACUUUUAUAUUCCUAAAUUCUCAUCAGCCCUACUCCGGGUGUGUCCCACGCAUUCUGAGAACUACAUGUGCCAGACUGAAAUCUUCUUUUUUAAUUACUCUUGAUAGCUGUGGAUACCUUUGCUAACAGGCAGGUUCCCAGCAGGAGAUACGCCUGACAAAAGUACCAAAAGUGAGUUUUUAAAAAAGUUCCUCACAGAGGCCAUGACUACAAACACUAAGAUAUCAGAGAGACAGAGCUGGGCACACGUCAGUUAGUGUGCUAACUGCAAAUUAUCAGUGCUACUUUUCUAAUUAAUAUCAAACAUGAACAUAAAUUUGAAAAAUGACCAUUGAAACUUUUAACUUCCAUGAAAUACCGUUUUAUGUAAAUCAUCAUUUUAGUGUUGCUUUACUGUUUUGUUGCAGACAGCAUCUACACUGAGGUGGAGAGUAGAUCAUAGAUGGUUCCUACCAUAGAGUCCACUGUUGCUCAAGAGCUGUUUGAGAACCCUGUCUGACCCAAAAGAUCUGGUUCUUACAAAGUCAAUGAUCUGGAUCAGUAAAAAAUAGCCUGAAAUCCCAUGAUUAGGACAUUUAUACAGAGGUUGUUUACCUGAGAGAGAAAAAUCUAAAUCCUGCUCUGACAUGGUAAGAUAGUUAACAAACAACUUGAGUAAGAUCAUGUGGUCUUUGAAGAUUUCAAGGAAUCUGAUUUCAAGUUAAAGUUUGGGGUUUGGGUAAGGUGACCAGACGUCCCUAAUUACUGGGGACAGUUCCCGAAUUGUUUGACUAAAGCUUUCCCCGGCAAUGUCCCUGAUUAAAGUGUUUCAUGAAUGAGAACAAAAAUGUUGCGUGUAGACUGGAACAAGAGUAGGCAAGUAGGUAGGAAGCACAAGUAAGCAUGUUGCACCCAGUCCUGAACAGAGACAUAAGGUUUCAGGAAAUCCAUGCCACACAAAGCCCCUCAUUUAGUGUCCCUUCCUCUUUGUGGUACAUGGAGGUAAGAGAGUGUGUUCAUGUUUAUAAACUGAAUCAAAAAAGGACCUUGAAACUCUUCUGACUCAUCUCAGCCCUCAUAACCGUUUCUUUUUCAGUGUUUCUACAUACCAAAAUGUCUGAUGGACCGAGCAGAGCUUCAGACGGAAGUGGAGAAAGUAAAAAACAGCCUGGACACCCAGCUGAGAAUCACCUCUUCAUGCCUCGCUGACCACAUAAGGUACCCCAAAGACGCCAUCUUGAACAGGAAGUACACCUAUGAGAAGGCCCUGUUCGCUCUGCUGUGGCCCUGCCUGAUGCUGGGGGGAGGGGCUCUUCUGGUGGGUCUGGUGAAGCUGACGCAGUUCUUAGCACAUGUGUCCUCUGAGAUGUGCAGCAAGGCUUCAGCAGAGAGGGUGACCUCCAGACACACUCAGGAGCAACUGUACAAGCUGCUGCGAAGGUCCAGCAUCAUGAUGAAUCCAGACUGCAAAACAGACCAGGAUACUGUAUGUGGUCAUGGAACUGGCACAUAA